AUGAGUAUCGACUUCACCGUCUUCAAGGGAUCCAGCAGCGGGGAGAUUGUCGAGUCCAAGGGUCACCGUGACCUGAAGCCUACUGAAGCGGUUGUCAAGAUCUCUCACUGCAGUCUCUGUGCCACAGAUGAGCUCUUUCUAGGAACCGACAUGGGCCUUGGCCACGAAGGCGUUGGCACCAUAACCGAGGUUGGUUCAGCAGUCUCAGAGAUCUCCGACUUCAAAGUAGGGGACCGAGUCGGCCUCGGCUGGUUCCAUAAGUUCUGCAGAAUCUGUGACUCCUGCGUCAAAGGCCGCCAGGAUAGAUGUGAAAACAUGACCAUGUAUAGUACUGCUGAUUGGGAUCAAGGAUGCCUUGCUUCCCAUGUUGCUUGGGAUGUCUCAACCCUCUUCCACAUCCCAGAGGAAAUCUCCUCCAAAGAUGCAGGACCGUUGAUGUGUGCGGGUGCUAGCGUCUGGGGUCCAUUAUACUCUACCGGUCUCAGAGCAGGUGACCGUGUCGGUAUUAUUGGUGUUGGUGGGCUCGGCCAUCUAGCUAUUCAGUUUGCUUCCAAGCUAGGGAUGGUGCCUGUUGUAUUUUCAAGAACUGAAGACAAGAAGCAGGCCGCAUUGGACUGGGGAGCUGCAGAGUUCCAUCUCACAGAUGACUCGGCGGAUUUCUCUAGCAUCAAGAAGCUUCAAACUCUGUUGAUCACUACUAGUGCCAAUCCUGAUCUUAAGAAAUUUCUGCCCAUUUUGUGCAUGGGGGUGACUGUGUUCCCCCUGACGAUGAGCCCCGCCGAGAUCAGUAUUAGCCCAAUGACCCUUAUCUUGGGUAAUAUCCAGAUUAUCGGCUCAGGUAUUGCGUCUCCCUCUUCUGUGAGAGCUAUGCUUGCAUUUGCUGCUAGGCAGAACAUUCGAUCCCAGAUUGAGGAGUUCCCCAUGACAAAGGACGGUAUUUUGGAAGCCGUGAAGAAGCUUCGUGACGGCAAGAUGAGAUAUCGUGGUGUUAUGGUGGCUCAGUCCUAG